GUGUGAAACGUCCAAAAACAUACAGGUUCUAAACAAAUUACCAUCAAAAGCAAUUCCUUUGACUUUAGUGACCAAAUUCAUGUAUUUUAUUACAUCUUCCAUCUCAAAUCUUCACUGAGACUGAAGUCACUGUCUCUCUGUCUAUGUUGUCUUCUUGUUGCAGUUCUGGUCACUUUUCCUUUUUGUAUCCUCUUGCUACUCAUGACAUGGGUUUUCUUUAGCCUGAUACUCACACUCUUCAAGGAACCAAAAUCCCAAGCCACUCUUACAUGGACACCCAAAACCUCAUUAUACCUUUAGUCUUUCUCUUUUUCAUACCCUCCUUAGUUUCCUUCACUCCUACAGAUAACUACCUUCUUAGCUGUGGAACACACAGCAAUGUUUCUCUCUUCAACCGAGUCUUCAUGAGCGAUUCCAACAACCCAGGCUCCACUUUUCUCUCUGCAGAUAACACCAUUUCACUCACAUACCAAAAGCCACCUCAAAAUUUGCCCACUUUGUACCGCACAGCCAGAGUUUUCAGAAGCACUGGGAGAUACACGUUCAACAUGAAGAAAAACGGUACCCACUUGGUGCGUUUUCAUUUCUCCCCCUUUAAAGCUCAAACUUUUGAUCUGAAAUCUGCGAAAUUCAGUGUCUUUCUUAAUGGGAUUUCGGUCAUGCGCAAUUUCCAGCCACCUAGUGAUGUUCUGCUCAAAGAGUUUAUUUUGAAGAUAGAAUCAAACUCGCUUGAAAUUUUGUUUAGACCUGUUGGUAACUCAGGUUUUGCCUAUGUUAAUGCUGUGGAGGUGUUUACUGCCCCUGUGGAUUUUGUUAUAGAUUUUGGAGCCAGGUUGGUUGGUGCUUCUGGGGUAGAGGAGUAUAGAAACCUUUCAUCUCAGGUUUUGGAAACUAUUCAUAGGAUUAAUGUUGGAGGUUUAAAAAUUACUCCUUUCAAUGACACCCUUUGGAGGACUUGGAUUCCUGACGAGGAUUAUCUGGUGUUUAAGGGUGCAGCUAAGCCCGCAGUUAGCACUAACACACCAAAUUACCAAAAGGGAGGUGCGAGUAGAGAGAUCGCGCCUGAAAAUGUUUACAUGACUGCUCAACAGAUGAAUAGGGGAAACUCAAGUUUAGCUUCAAGGUUCAACAUAACUUGGAAUUUCCCUGUGUCUCCUGGUGGGGUUCCACACUUGGUUAGGUUGCAUUUCUGUGAUAUUGUUAGUCCUGCCCUCAACUUGCUUUACUUUGAUGUGUAUAUCAAUGGGUACAUUGCAUAUAAGGAUCUUGAUUUGUCAACCCUCACAAUCCACACGCUUGCGUCACCAGUGUAUGUGGAUUUUGUCGCAAAUUCAGAUAAUUUAGGUGUCAUUCAAGUAAGUGUUGGUCCUUCUGACCUGAGCAGUGCUAUAAGAAUGAAUGCUAUAUUGAAUGGUGCAGAGAUAAUGAAGAUGGUGAAUGAUGUAGAUACAAAUACUGUGCAUAGGAGGAAGAAGUUGCGGGUGUUGGUGGGUUCCAUUGUUGGAGGAAUUGUUGUUUCACUUUUAGUGAUAACUGCUUUUCUACUUGUUAUUAAAUGCAGGAACAUGAAACCAAAACAGAAGACAGUGGACAGUGUUGGAUGGACCACUUUGGGCAUGUUUAGAGGGAGUUCCCUUAGUAGAACAUCUGAACCUGGUUCUCAUGGAUAUCUUGGCUUGAAGAUCCCUUUUGCUGAAAUCCAAUCAGCAACAAACAAUUUUGACAGAAAUCUGAUUAUAGGGUCCGGUGGGUUUGGCAUGGUAUACAAGGGAGUGCUCAGAGACAAUGUGAAGGUUGCUGUCAAGAGAGGCAUGCCGGGGUCUAGACAAGGCCUUCCUGAAUUCCAGACUGAAAUAACCGUUUUGUCAAAAAUUCGCCAUUGCCACCUUGUUUCACUAGUUGGUUUUUGUGAAGAAAAUUCAGAAAUGAUACUUGUGUAUGAGUAUGUGGAAAAAGGUCCACUGAAGAGGCAUUUGUAUGGUUCAGCACUACAACCACCUCUAUCAUGGAAGCAGCGUCUUGAAAUAUGCAUUGGUGCAGCUAGAGGUCUUCACUAUCUUCACACUGGUUUUGCUCAAGGAAUCAUCCACCGUGACAUUAAAUCAACUAACAUAUUGCUUGAUGAAAACUAUGUGGCCAAAGUUGCUGACUUUGGUCUUUCAAGGUCCGGGCCAUGUAUCAAUGAAACACAUGUGAGCACUGGUGUGAAAGGUAGUUUUGGUUAUCUUGAUCCUGAGUAUUACAGGAGGCAACAACUUACAGAUAAAUCAGAUGUUUAUUCAUUUGGAGUUGUGCUUUUUGAGGUUCUUUGUGGUAGACCUGCUGUUGAUCCACAUCUCACUAGAGAACAGGUGAAUUUGGCAGAAUGGGCACUUGAAUGGCUGAAUAAGGGAAUGCUGGAGCAUAUUGUUGACCCUCAUCUUGUUGGACAGACCAAUCAAAGCUCAUUGAAAAAAUUUUGUGAAACUGCAGAGAAAUGUGUGGCUGAGUAUAGUGUUGAUAGGCCAACGAUGGGUGAUGUCUUGUGGAAUUUGGAAUAUGCACUUCAACUUCAAGAAAGUGGACAACAAAGGGAGCCACGUGCUGAUAGUAGUAGUAGUGAAGCUGUGAGUAUGACAACUACAUUUAUUCAUGGAAAUCCUUCUACCAACGGAAGAGCAAAGAGGGAUUAUGAUAUUGGUUCUUCAGACAUAAGUACUAGCCAAGUGUUUUCCCAGUUAAUGAACAAUGAAGGCAGAUAGAGAGAGCUGUAUGUUGCAAAUAUAGCAGUUCUUGCUGAUGUAGUAAAACAAAAAAAUCACAUAAGAGGUAUUAAAUCAUUACCAAGGCUUUCAUAUUCUUUUUUUUCCUGGAAGUUUUCUUUUCUUUUAAAGAAAUUGCAUCAAAACCAUAGUUACCAAGAUUUACUAAUGGAAAGCUCCUUAUAUGGUUUAUAUCAUUUAUGUUAUACAGCAAUGCAUUAUUUAUUUCAGUAUUUUUUUAUUUCAAUUCCAAUCCUUAGUGUUCCGGUGGAUGAAGUCAUGAACCGUCACGUCACAUAUAUGUAUUGGUUUUCUUUUAGAACUUUCAUGAGACAAAAUUGGAUAUUGUAGAAGCUGGGUGGAAUUUUAGAUGGCCCAAAUCUCUUAUCAGUUAUCGCCAUACAGGGUUUUCAGAGCAGGUGUUCAUUGUUCUUGAACAACUUGCUAUAGAGAAUAGAAACUAUUCAAAUAGAGCUUGUUUAA